AUGGUGACUCAAGCCCGCCAUCCCUUCGACCCUAUCUCCCCGGAGGAGAUCAAGCUCGCCGUCCGUAUUCUCGAGGCGGCCUUUCCCGGAGUAGAACUGCGUUAUAAGCGGAUUGAUCUGAAUGAGCCUAUUAAGAAUGAUGUCCUACCAUACAUCGAGGCCGAGCGCCUACGACGACCUCUCCCCUCUCCACCGGCCCGUCUCCUCUACACCCUCUUUCACCGUCUCGACACCGGCGCAUUCUAUAAGGCUGUCUUGAAUGCCGAUAAGCGGACCAUUGUAUAUGCCAAGGAACUUCCACGCGAGGUACAGGGCCCCAUUGACCCCGACGAAAUUACGGAGAUCGAAGAGCUUUGCAUGAGACACCCCGCGGUUCUCGCCGAAAUUGAGAAACUACAAUUGCCCGCCGGGGUGGCAGUUUGCAACGAUCCCUGGAUGUAUGGAACAGAUAAUGAGACCGAGUCACGGCGGCUCUUCCAAUGCUUCAUGUACCUGGUCGAGGUGGAUCACCCUCAGAAUAACCAUUAUUCCCUGCCGUGCAAGUUCUCACCGGUGUUUGACGGUCUCACUCACGAAUUGGUCCGAAUGGACUAUCUCCCUGGUGGCCCGGAUUCUGAAACUACUCAAACACAGCCCUGGAAGCCUGUCAAGGCUAUCCAAUACACCCACGAUCUGUUGGAUGAACCUGUCAGAACGGACUUGAAGCCGUACAUUGUUCAGCAGCCAGAGGGACCCUCAUACACAGCAGAUGGAAACUCUAUCUAUUGGCAGAAGUGGCGCUUUCGUCUUGGUUUUAAUAUUCGAGAGGGCCUCGUCCUCUAUAACAUUACAUAUGAUAACCGCAAUGUCUUCUACCGUCUUGCUGUUUCAGAGAUGACGGUGCCAUAUGGAGAUCCUCGUGCUCCAUACCACCGAAAGCAGGCAUUUGAUGUUGGUGACACAGGCUUUGGCAUGAACGCUAAUCAGUUGUCUCUCGGAUGUGAUUGCCUGGGCCACAUCAAAUAUUUUGAUGGCUACCGAAAUGACUGCAAAGGAAACCCCGUUCAAUUAAAGAACGUGAUUUGCAUGCACGAACAAGAUAAUGGCCUACAGCACAAGCACACCAACUAUCGGACCGGUGCUGCCACCGUCGUGCGUAACCGUCAAUUGGUUCUCCAAAUGAUCUGCACCGUUGCGAAUUAUGAAUACAUUUUCGCAUAUAUCUUCGACCAGGCAGGAAACGUUGAACUUGAGGUCCGCGCCACCGGAAUUCUAUCAACUGUUCCAUUUGACAAUGAGAAUGGCCAGACUCACAUGUUCUCAUUCCGCAUCGACCCUGCCAUUGAUGGUUUUAAAAAUACUGUUUAUUAUGAAGAUAGCGUGCCUAUGCCUGAAGACGACAGCAACCCAUGGCUUGUUGGCUACACUACUGAGUCUACAGUUAUGAACAAGGCUAGUACGGCAAACACGAGUGUUGACCGUAACCGCGUGUUCAAGAUCCGCAACGAUACAAUUAAUAACCCCAUCACAUAUAAACCAGUGGCCUACAAGCUCCAGACUGCGCCAAGCCAGAUGCUUCUUGUGAACAAGAACGCCCUCGGUUACCGCCGAGCUGAGUUCGCUACCAAGCCUAUCUGGGUAACCAAAUAUCAAGACGACGAACUCUACGCCGCUGGCGAGUUCACGAACCAAAGCCGUCGUGCCGAGGGUGUCGAAACUUGGGUACAACGCAAGGAUAACACCGAGAAUGAGGAUGUUGUUCUCUGGCACACCUUCGGCCUAACUCACAACCCCCGCAUCGAAGACUUCCCCGUCAUGCCGAUGGAGCGUGUCAGUGUUAUGCUGAAACCUGAUGGGUUCUUCACCAAGAAUCCGGCUUUGGAUGUCCCUCAAUCUACUCAAACCUUCAACAAGUCCACACUCCACCCGGAGACCAGCGGUGCCUGCUGCUCUCCCUCUGCCAGAUCUGGAUCUGGUAAGGCGAAGCUGUAUAAACGCAUUGACUGA